AUAAUGCAAGCCACGGCGGUUUGCCACGUGGCAGAUAGGUCUACAUGCCACUUCAUCCCCCUCCUUUUCUUAGCCACACUUUCCCCACAAUCCUCCCUAUUAUUAACACAGCUGCUCUAACCAUGCCCCUUUAGUCUGCAAUAGCAUAUAGCGUAUAGCCCGUCCUCACUACUCCUUCCCCAUUACACGGAAAAUGGCUUCCGCCGCCUCUCUCUCCAAUGCCAUGGUCAGCACCUCCUUUGUCCGCCGCCAGCCGGUGACAAGCCUAAGCUCCCUUCCUAACUUUAGGCUGGCUCUUUUUGGCCUAAAAGCCCAGAGAGGGGCCCGUCUUACUAUGUCUGCAUACAAAGUAAAGCUCAUCACUCCUGAAGGACCUCAAGAAUUUGAGUGCCCAGGUGAUAUCUACAUUCUUGACCAAGCUGAGGAAUUGGGUAUUGAUCUUCCGUACUCCUGCAGGGCUGGUUCUUGCUCUUCAUGUGCUGGGAAGGUUGCACAAGGUAGUGUGGAUCAGUCUGAUGGUAGCUUCCUUGAUGAUGACCAGAUAGCUGGUGGUUAUGUUCUCACUUGCGUUGCUUAUCCAACAAGUGAUGUUGUCAUUGAGACACACAAGGAGGAAGAGCUCACCGCUUAAAAAUAUAAACUUCAUGCUUUAACUAGACUAUCUUUUCUUUCUUCCUCGUCUGUUUGUCUUAUUGCUUUUAUCGAUUGGGCUUAGUGUUGUCAAGGGAUGUUUCACCGUUUAUGUCCCUGAAUGAGUUACAUGUUUUAAGGUUUUUGUUCAUUUGUAGUCACAAAUGAAAUUGUUGUAGCCCUAAUAAUCUUACAUAUCUUGCUGAGAAGCUCUUUGUUCUCUCUCUCCCUCUCUCUCUUUCUCUCGUUCUUGAAGAUCCACCGUGAAUAUUGCAGACUUGCAAUGAAUUAAGUCAGGUUCAUGAAAAGACUAGUUCCAACACCGAAAAAGAAAUGGGAUAAUCCAAAUGCUUUCACUUUUGCUGUUGAAAUCCAGGUGAAAUAAAACCGGCCAAAGCUGUAUAACCAUGGCUCAUUUACCAAAGUUUGAAGGAAGUUUGAUAAUCACUUGAACAGGAAAAAUUAUUUUUUCUUUUCUUCUACAAAAAAGGUCAUUAAAAGGAUAUUGUUAAAAAGUUAAAAGAAAAAAAGAAAACCGGCUUAUGUGUAAGAUAAACAUUCAGGUCAUUUGAAACAAUUCAUGUAGAAUGUCGACCUAAUUCCCUUCUGCAAUGCCUUCAUUGUGUUCUUCAUCAAUGGUCUCAGGCUGUGAUGUAUUGAUGCUUAUAGACUCAGAUAAAAAUACUCUUCCACCCGUGAUGAGAAUUCGAGAAUGUUAUAGUUACCUAAUUUACGGACUCCCAUGGAGGAGCUUCUUGAUAAAGUGCCGGAUGCAACUGUGGUGAAGUGAUUCUCUAACACUCUCAGCCAGCAACCAUGGCUUUCUUACAUUGGGAUCCUAUCUGAAACCAUCAAGAGUUGAAAUCUUAGCAAAUCAUACAGUACAAAGUAAGCAUGUCGUAUAACUCUUUUAUCAUGCUAAUGCAAGUAACUAGGUUCAGCCAUAAAACACACUCUCGUGUGCAGUGAAAGCCCUCCAAUUUGGUUCUCAAAUGGACUGUAGGUGAAGUACAUUGGUGAAGCAAAGUAGUGAAAGAUAACAAUGGAGAAAACGGCAGAAGAACUUCCAGAUUUAUAUCAGAAUAAAAAGAUGAUUAUAUGUCGUUUAUGUUUCUCAUUAUUUACUAUUCUUGCUUCACGAAAAAAAAAAAUCUAAAAAGAAAAAGUGAAUAUCGUAUAGGUAGAGAUAGUUUUUCUUUUUUAAUUUGCUAGGUUAUUUGGUGUGUUUGCUUUUUGGCUUUGAACAUUAUCGGGGGCUUACUUGCAUAAUUCACAAGAGGCUUGAGUCCUUACUUAAAUAAGUAACAAACGAACCCUAAAUUGAUAUUUGUCGAAUCAAAUCAGUAUUAUAAAUUUCAUUUCAGUAUUUUACCUUGGCAAUGCUCACAGGCUCAGUCGGUCUAGAAAGUUCCUAAACCUUGCUAAACCCUAGGCAUGGCUUUGAACCCAUUUCAACUCCGUCGAACCCUAACCCCUUCGACCAUCCUUCAGUGCACUUUCUCUGUUCUCAAACCUACGGUCCAUACAAUUUCAUCCCCCAUUUCCAAUGCCACUUGUGCGGUUACUCCACCAUCAUUAACAUCAACUUUCCGUAUUUUUCAAUCUCGAUGGUUCAGAUCAUCGGGGCGCCCACUUUCAUCACCGAGAUAGUACAAACUGUACAAGGAAGGGGACGAGAUCACGGAAGACACGGUUCUAUUCGAAGGCUGUGAUUACAACCAUUGGCUCAUUAUAGUUGAUUUUCCCAAAGAUAAUAAACCACCCCCUGAAGAAAUAGUUCGCACUUGCGAGAAUAUUUGUGCUCAAGGCCUCGGCAUCAGUAUGGAGGAGGCAAAAAAAA